CUUUAUUGUCUCCCUUUGAAUUUUAUUUUGAGAAGCACUGCAGUAAUUAAGAGCGUUUAUCAAAAGUUCACUAUUCUACCACAUUAAAUCAAAAGCGGAGAAAAAUGAACGCAUCAUCAGCUCCUUCUGUGAUUGUCUCCUGUGAUCAGACUUCCGAUCUAUUUAUGAAGGAACGCAUAGUUUGCUCUGGUGACAGAGGAAUUAGUUAUAUAUGUAAAGUGUGUGGUAAGGAGUUGAGUAGCAAUGCAGAUCUAGAGGAACAUGUGAUUACUCAUACUGGAAACCAAGUUUUAAAAUGUAAUUUCUGUAAAAAAGAAUUUCGUGCAUAUAAUGUGUUACAGAUGCAUUUAAAGACAUACGCUAGGUUUAAUAAUCAUAUCUGUGAUCCAGGUUUUCGAAAGGAUGAUGACUUAAGGAAACACUUGAAAAUUCACUCUGAAGAUAAACCUAAGGCUUUGAAAUGUGAUGUAUGUGAUAAAGGGUUUAGUAAGCUUAGUCAUCUACGGGUCCACAUGAGAACACAUACUGGUGAGAAACCUUAUAAGUGUGAUGUAUGUGGUAGAGGGUUUGCGUAUAAUGAUUACAUGCAAAAGCAUAUGAGAACACAUACUGGUGAAAAACCUUAUGUAUGUGAUGCAUGUGGGAAAAGUUAUAGCCAAAUUUGUAGUUUACAGAGCCACAUGAGAACGCAUACAUACAAUGAUAAAUCUUAUAAAUGUGAUGUAUGUGGUAAAGGGUUUUCUAACAGUUGGUACUUGAAGAGACACACAACAACACACACUAGUGAAAGACCUUUCAAAUGUGAUAUAUGUGGUAAUGGGUUUAGACAAAAUUUCGAGUUAACGAGACACAUGAGAAUACAUACUGGUCCCCAUGGUCACGAUGAUAGACAGUAUAAAUGUGAAAUAUGUAAGAAAGUGUUUAAGACGAAUCAGCACUUAACAACUCACAUGAGAACGCAUACUGGUGAUAAACCAUUUAUAUGUGAUGUAUGUGGGAGAGGGUUUAGUCAGAAAGUAACCUUACGGAGUCACAUGAAAACACACACAGCUGAUAAAUCUUAUAAAUGUGAUGUGUGUGGUAAAGGAUUUAUUCAGAACGGGGCAUUUCGAAAACACAUGAGAAUACAUUCUGGUGAUAAAACGUUUAAAUGUGAUGUAUGCGCGAAAGAGUUUAGUAAGUGUAAGGACUUGAAGUCUCACAUGAGUUUACACAAUGAUGAUAAACCUUUUAUAUGUGAGGUUUGUUGUAAAGGGUUUCACCAUAGAUUGACCUUACUGACACACAUGAUAACACACAACAACACUAAACCUUAUAAAUGUGAUGUAUGUAGUAAAUCAUUUCGUAGUUUUCAAUCCUUACAAAUACAUACGAGAAUACACACUGGUGAUAAACCUUAUCAAUGCGAUGUAUGUGGGAAAUCAUUUCGUAGUUUCCCUACCUUACAAAUGCACACUUUAAUACACACUGGUGAUAAACCUCAUAAAUGCGAUGUGUGUGGAAGAGGGUUUAGACAAAGUGGUCACUUACAAAAACACAUGAGAUUACAUACUGGUGAUAAACCUUUUAAAUGUGAUAUAUGUUAUAAAUGUUUUAGACAGAAUAUAAAUUUACAGACACACAUGAAAAAACACACGUGACAUUUGAUGCAUGUAGACUAGGGUUUAAUCAGAAUUCGACUCUCCAGGCCAGACACGCAUUGACAAUAAGCUACUGUAUAGUUUGAUAUGUGUAGUUAAUUUAGUCACGUACUUGUGAUAAUCUUUAACUUGUUUUACAAAUGUGAUAAAAGUGGUUCUUUAAUGGCAAUGCGUAGCUGUUGGAUUUUUUAAAAUUCCAUGUUUACACCAUGUGUACACAAUAAUGUUUCAGCUAUAGGCAUAUACGCAAUAUAUUGACACAUGUGUUCAUCACAUUUGUGAUCCUAUGCUCCAACAUGUAUCCGAUGGAUCAGAGGCGGAUCCUGGGGUUGGGGAGUUGGAGGGGAUUCCAGAGGUUUAAACCGAUCUUAUUUGACGAACAAAUUGUAUUGAAUUGUAAACAAGUUUGGCAGUUACAAAAUGUACCAUGGUUACAUUCACGAAGAUCUUAAAGACCUACAUGACUUUGUACAGUUACGUACAAAUUUAAAAGAAUGUUACUAUUUAAAAUAUAACAGAAAGAAAAAGUACUAAUAAAAAACGAAGAAACUAUCUUUGUUAUUUUGACUAUUUUUGUUAAAUUAUUAUUAUUUUUAAAGAUUAAAUAGUUGUACAGCAGUUGUACAGCCAUACAAAUAAGGACUCGGAUGAUCCGAUAUUUGUUUUUUAUGUUAACAUUUUUUUGAAUUAAAAUAAAAUAUAAUAUAUGGAAUAGGAUCCAAGUUACAGGAUACCAGAGCGGUACCCACGAAUGGAGUCACUUUAACCUUCGCUUAAAUUGGAUAUUGUACAGAGAUGAUACUUUGGUAAAGAUGUUUAAAUAUUUCUAAAGGAGGUUCAUUAAACUAUCAACUCUAAAUUUUAAUUGAUUCUGUUAGGUAUAGGAUGGAUUUUCGAUUUAACAAAAUGAUUCUAUAAUUUUGAUACUCAAAAAAGUAUUGUUGUCUUAAAUGCCGGUCAAUAAUUCUCCCAGAAACCAUGAACAGGGCUACUAGUACAUGUAGUAUGAGAAAGAAAUUGAAAUUUACAGUCUUAUAUAGAAAAUAAAAAAAUUGUCCCUAAAUUUGGAAGAAACUGUAUUAAGGUAAUAAAGGAAAUAAUUCGGACCCUGUUCCAUAUUUACUCGUAUUUGCUAUUUAAUGUUACCAUAGCUUCGUGUCAGUUUCUAUUAUAACACAUGUCACAAAUGUACAAUGUUUUGUUUCUUAUUCUGUUUUUUUAUAAGAUGAAU